AUGGUGGAACUGAAAAUCCUUGGAGAAAAAAGAAUUUUUAUUCUUUCUCUAGUUCCUGUUCUUGUAUACCUUAAUAGUAUUAAAGGAGAAUUUGUCCAUGAUGAUAUACCAGCAAUUGUAAAGAACCCUGACGUAACCGGCUCAUCAGGUUUUAUAAACCUUCUACAGUCCGAUUACUGGGGGGAUAAUCUACAGGAUUCAAGAUCUCAUAAAUCCUUCCGCCCACUCACCACCGCUACCUUCAGACUAACUGCUACCAUUUUUGGUCUAAGUCCUGUUUGGUAUCACGUGAUCAACAUUCUUCUGCAUUCCUUUGUUUCCUCUUUCCUCUACUUUAUUCUAAUUAAAAGGAUACAGCUUAACAAGGAAACGUCUAGUUUGAUUUCCCUUCUCUUCUCUCUUCAUCCUAUUCAUACUGAAGCAGUUUCAGGAAUAGUUGGACGAGCGGAUCUAUUAACAUGUCUGUUUAUGCUUGUAUCCUUCUAUCUAUCAACUAGCCAUCCAAACACCGUUAAGAAGGAAUUAGGAAGUCACUUGUGUGUGGUCCUGGGUCUAAUGAGUAAAGAGAUAGGACUUACCGUACUAAUUAUUAAUAUCCUCUUUAUCCUCUUAACCAGGACUGAUAGGGUUGACUGGAGAAGGUUUGUCUCCAGUAUAUGUCUCCUGGUUCUACUAACAACUGCAAGGAUUGCGUAUAAUAAAACUCAGCCAUCAUUCAUAGAUCAGGAUAAUCCUGCCAGCCAUGACAAGAACUUCUUAACCAG